AUGCAGUCACUCGCUCAAGAAAUUAAAUCAUUCUCCAAAACCAGUCUGAGAAAGCAGUGCACCCGGGUGACCACUCUGAGUGGGAGAAGGAUUAUUGAAACAUGGAAAGGAACUACAGUCCAUGUGGUGGAGGACACAGUUCAGUCUGAAACAGCAUGUGGAUAUGUACAGGACAAUACCUGGGACCUCCAAGUGGGAUAUAUCAGACCGUAUUUACUGCUUGGUUCACAAGAUGCAUCUCAUGACUUCAACACUUUAAAGAAGUACAAGGUUACUCACGUACUGAAUGUUGCCUAUGGUGUUGAAAACGCUUUCCCGGAGCUCUUCAUUUAUAAAACAGUGAGCGUACUGGAUCAGCCUGACACCGACAUCAUAUCACACCUGCAGGAGUGUGCACAGUUCAUAGACCAGGCCAAGGCUGAGAAAGGCGUGGUGUUGGUGCACUGUAACAGCGGAGUUUCUCGUUCAGUCUCGGUGGUUAUUGGAUACCUGAUGAUGAAGGAAGGCCAGUCAUUUGAUGAUGCGUUCUCUCUGGUGAAGUCAGCAAGACCAGCGUCAUGUCCAAACCCAGGAUUCAUCGAGCAGCUGAAAAAAUUCAAACCUCAGCACAGUUCACAAAUGAACGGUUUGGGUCACUCCUGA